AUGGGUGACUCCGAUUCUGGAUUCAAACCUAAAAUCAGCAGUACUGCACAAGAUCCGGUACUUAAACAGGCUGAGAUAGCGUAUAUGAAGUUGAUUGAGCAGAAAAACCGUGAACGUGUACAAAAGCUACAGCAGAUCUCGAAAAAGAAUAGGUUGACUGGACUCGUGAUAGGGAGUGGAGUAUUGAGUGUUUACUUGUAUUCUAUAUUCGCUGUGAAACAAGAAACGUUCCUCGACGACUUUGAGGAACCAGUGAAGAUCCAGCAGUAA